CAACAACAAGAACAAGAACAACAACAGCAACGACAGCGUCUUCUCUUCCAUUGAGAAAAUAACAAAAGAUGAAACUAAAAGAAAAUGCUCAAACUUUUGUAUCUUCAAAUGCACCUUUUCUUUUAAAUAAUUACAAUUCCUGUAGCUAUUUUAACAAACAAACCUAAUAUUUAAUAGAACAUCAUAUAUAUAAAUAUAUAUAUAGAAAUAGAAUUACUGAAAGAGAAUGGAUCCGGAGCAGACGUUUAUAAGGGUACAAGAAAGAUUUUCUCAGAUGUUAACUCCUAAAGUGAGAGCUGCUUUGGAGUAUGUUUAUUUGUUUAUAGCAAUCACUCUUUUUUGCAUUCUUGUUGUUAUGCACGCCAAUUAUGUUCAACAGCCUGGAUGUUCAAGUGAGCUCUCUGGUGUUGAAACAAAGGAAGCUCAGCUUAUUCAAAUCAAGAUAACUAGUGCUGGCUUGUGGUCAAACAGUGAAGUGGAAUCUAGUGUAGCAUAUGUUCCUAGUGUGGAGACAGUAUCAAAUAAUUUAGAAUUGGAAAAUGUGGAUGGAGACUUAUUGGAGAUUUUGGCUCCAAAGUUUUGGUGGAAUUGGAUUGGAUCAAGUGCUAGGAAAGGGAAACUUGCAUUGAAAUUCUGGAAGACUGAUUCUGAAUACAUUGAACAUCAGCCUGAAAGCUCUGCCAACAGCGAAAGCUCUAAGCCAAUAGCUGAUGAUGUUGUUAAAACUGAUAAAGUGGAGACGCGCAGUAGUUUCCCUGCAUCAGCCAAGGAAACCUUUAAAGCAGCCAUUAUUCAUUUUGGCAAAAAGUGGCACAGGCGUCUUUCCUUCAUUUGGAGACAUUUAAUGCAAAUAAUUCGAAGUUUCCAGAAGUUAUGGAAUAUCACAGGUUUACAUUUAAAUCUCGAUGUUCCCAAGUGGAUGAGAAUACUUUACUUGGACAGCCUUAGUUCAUACGCAGUCCAGUGGCUAGAGAACAAGAGUAAGGCAUUUGAACCAACUUAUCUAUACACUAUGGAAAAGGGUUUUUUCUUGCUUCCCGAAGAAGCUAAGUCUCGGCAUAAUAUAAUUACUGUUAACAUUAGCAUAUCAGCUCGGCAUCCUUGCUUUGGAAACAGGUGGCAGCAGCUUCUCAUUAAUAGAAUUGUUGGAUAUGAUACCAUACUGAUGAACAGUUUAUUGAGUGCUCCUGGACAGGGCUAUUUGUAUAAUUUUCAAACAAAGGAGUUCUACAAUCUUAGCUAUCCACAAGAACCACCUGAAGGUCCUGCAAAAUUUGGAGACUAUCUUGUGACCAAGUGUGGCGUUCUUAUGAUGUCACUGUUUGUUUUCUUCACUACCACAAUGUCAGUGUCCUUCACAUUGAGAGAGACGCAGACUCGGAUGCUGAAAUUCACAGUGCAGCUUCAACACCAUGCUCGACAUCGAUUGCCAACGUUUCAGUUGAUCUUCGUGCAUGUGAUUGAGUCACUGGUCUUUGUUCCUAUAAUGAUUGGAAUCUUAUUUUUUCUAUUUGAGUUCUAUGAUGAUCAGCUUUUGGCGUUCAUGGUCUUAAUUCUUGUUUGGUUGUGUGAACUAUUCACACUGAUCAGUGUGCGCACGCCAAUAUCAAUGAAGUUCUUUCCACGCUUCUUUUUGCUGUAUUUUCUGGUUUUCCACAUCUACUUCUUUUCCUAUGCAUAUGGUUUUUCAUAUUUGGCGCUUUCCACAACUGCAGCAUUUAUGCAGCACCUCAUUUUGUACUUCUGGAACCGAUUUGAGGUACCAGCUCUACAGAGGUUUAUGCAAAACCGACGGUCACAGCUUCAGCAACACCCUGACUUCCAUAUCACAUCCUCUACGAUCCUUGCUUCCACUGUACACAUCACAAGAUUGAACACUAGGAAUGAGGGUCCAGUUAAUACAGAUGCAGCCUCUGGACUUGCAUUUAGACCAGGAUCUGACCAAGCAAUGCCUGCAAAUGGAAUUGAACCUCCCGGUCCUCAACAACAACUGGGAAAUGACAAUCUGGGAAGAGUAAGCAACCCUAUGCAGAUUCCGGGUGAAGCUGAUCUUCGGCAAACAGAAACUGGCCCCAGCCCUGGGUCGAUGAACUCAUUCAGUUCGCUGUUGUUAUGGAUCUUGGGAGGGGCAUCUUCUGAAGGCCUCAACUCAUUUUUUUCAAUGUUUAGAGAUGUGAGAGACCAAGGACAAGGUUUCGAUGAAUCCCCUAGACCUGAAAACGCCGCGGAUCAGGAUAUGCAAUGACAAUGAGCAUCAAGUCUAAAUGGCAUCCAGCGCGGUAUCCAUUACUUUAAGCUGAAUCAUCAUGUAUAUAGCACAGUUUACACUCGGAUGUAUAGAAAAUGCAUGAUGUAUCAUAUAUUAAAAGAUUAACCCACUUUCAUUCACCUGGAGAACUCCAAAGGGCUAUUGAGUUGUGGAAAACUUGUAAUUGUACAGAAAAUGCACCAUGUAUCACAUAUUAAAGGCUAACACACUUUCAUCCGCCCGGAGUCGGAGGAACUCUGUAAGGGGCUGUUCAGUUGUGGAGAACUUAUCGUUGUCGAUGUUUAAUCUUAACAGGGGCAAUUGGGAGUUGUCAUUUUACUA